AUGGGUCACGGAACACGAGGAGGAGGGUCGGAUUGCGCCGCGCCGCUGCUGAGCGUGAGCGGCGACGACGCUGGGAAGCAGGAGCCGCACCGGCAGGAGAGCUGCUGCGAUCUAUGGAGGCGGGUGAGCGAGGAGUCGAGGAAGCUGUGGGUGGUCGUGGGCCCGGCCAUCUUCACCCGCACCGCCACCUACAGCCUCAACGUCAUCAUGCAGGCCUUCGCCGGCCACCUCGGCGACCUCGAGCUCGCCUCCGUCUCCUUCGCCUGCACCGUCCUCGCCGGCUUCAACUACGGCCUCAUGCUAGGCAUGGCGAGCGCGCUGGAGACAUUGUGCGGACAGGCCUACGGCGCGAAGAAGUACCACAUGAUGGGGGUGUACAUGCAGCGAUCAUGGAUCGUUCUCUUUGUGUGCGCCGUGCUACUGACACCGAUGUACUUCUUCGCGGAGGACGUCCUCCUCCUAACGGGGCAGCCGCCGGAGCUGUCGGCCAUGGCGGGCAAGGUCUCCGUCUGGUUCAUCCCUCUGCAUUUCUCCCUGGCCUUCCUCUUCCCGCUGCAGCGGUUCCUGCAGUGCCAGAUGAAGAACUUCGUCAACACCAUCGCUGCUGCCGCGGCGCUCUGCAUCCACCUCUUCGUCAGCUGGCUCUUCGUCUCCAAGCUCCGGUUCGGGCUCGUCGGCGUCGCACUCACGCUCGGCUUCUCGUGGUGGGCGAUCACUGUGACGCUGUUCGCCUAUGUCACGUGCGGCGGCUGCCCGGAGACUUGGCAUGGGUUCACGGUGGAGGCGUUCGCCGGCUUGGGGGAGUUCGUCGGGCUGUCAGCUGCCUCUGGUGUCAUGCUCUGCUUGGAGAAUUGGUACUAUAGGAUACUGAUCCUGCUGACAGGAAACCUCAAGAAUGCAGCAAUUGCAGUGGAUGCCCUCUCCAUUUGCAUGAAUAUUAAUGGAUGGGAGAUGAUGAUUCCACUGGCAUUUUUCGCGGGUACCGGGGUGCGCGUGGCCAAUGAGCUCGGUGCGGGCAACGGGAAGGGGGCCAAGUUCGCAGCCAUUGUAUCAUCCACGACCUCGAUGGUGAUCGGACUCUUCUUCUGGGUGUUGAUCAUGGGCCUCCACGACAAGAUCGCCCUCAUCUUCACCACCAGUGCUGCUGUGCUGGAUGCCGUCGAUAAGCUCUCGCUCCUGCUGGCCUUCACCAUACUCCUCAACAGCAUACAACCUGUCCUCUCGGGUGUGGCCGUUGGGUCAGGAUGGCAAUCCACGGUGGCCUACGUCAACAUCGGCUGCUACUAUAUCAUCGGCGUACCCAUGGGCGUCCUCCUCGGAUGGCUCUUCAACCUUGGCGUGCUGGGGAUCUGGGCAGGCAUGAUCGGCGGAACCGCUGUCCAGAUGCUCAUCCUGGCCGCCAUAACCAUCCGCUGCGACUGGGAGAAGGAGGCCAUGAUCGCGAGCACGCGCAUGGACAGGUUGUCGCAGGUCAGGUGAGCUGAGGAUCGACCAAUGGUCAGACAAUCUUCCUCAUUUUUCCCCCUCUCCUCCAAGAAUUUGGAACCCUCAGACGGAAUCGUAGGAAAAUGCAGGCACCCGAUUGUGACAUUACUACUUUCUCCGUUUUAAAAUGUAGUUCGUUUUGAUUUUUCUAAAUUCAUAGUAUAUGCAUUUAGAUAUAUAUUAUAUGAAUCUAGAAAAUUCAAAACAAACUGUAUUUUGGAACGGAAGGACUACGAAUUUUCACACGGCCCGGAUCUCGGGUUUAUGUUCCCACUGUUGCGAUUGUCGCGUGAUUAUUCGUUGUGGAUCCGGUCCAUGCGCUGUACACGUGAACACAUCACUAUCAAUCGAGGUGUUUGCUUCCGGAUCCCUUCCUGUUGAUUGCAACUCGCUCUCUUCACACCGAAAUGAAUCCACCAACCACGGACUGAUGGAUCACGCCGUGGGUGAUCUCAUGGAUCGAUACACGACAGCAGGCUGGACAUAUCGAGCGUGGGUGCAGGCCCGGGUAGGGAAGUUGUGAACUGUUGAUGCCCUUCAGAAAUCGUGCGACGUGAUCGGAGGGCGCCGAAGCUGAUCCCACCACUUUGUCAUGGGCUAUACUCGAAGCAUGCCUCACCAUUUCACCAGGCAUAACGAGAGCUGCGAUCGUGGGAAGAGCACUCAUGUCAGCAGACCCAGAUCGAAGUCCAAAUGGGUGUUUGUUUAGGCAGAUACAUGAGCUUAUGAUGUCCCAAUUUGUACACUGUUAUGCCUCUGUAUGUGCUAGAUCAUGUAAUAAGGUUGCUGAUAGCCUAGCUGGCAAUGUGUGUAGUUUAAAGAAGGGCUCAUGUAUGUGU